AUGCUCAUACAUAUUAUUCUCUUCAUUACUACAACUUGUUUGGCUUUGGCAAAAGAAGCACCGAUAGUUCCAGUUCAACCAUUUACACCAGAACCAAUUCGUAUAAGUUUAGAUGAUCUUCCACCUCCAUAUAAAACAACAUCAGCUGUAAAACCAGCUAUUGUUGUAGGAGUACCAACUAAUGCAACAUUAUUCGUACCUGAUGUUAAUUUUCGUGUAACAAUUUAUCGUGAUAAUAUGAAGUCACCAAGACAUAUGAUUUAUACUCCAACUGGUGAUAUUCUGGUUACAGAAAUGCAUGGUAAUCGUAUAUCGAUUUUAACUGAUGAUAAUACAACUGUUUUUGCUGAUGGAUCGAAUGGAAUUUUUCAAGCUUUUGGUAUGGUAUUUGUAAAGGAUUGGUUUUAUGUCGCUAAUGCUGGCGAACUUCGUCGAUAUCCUUAUCGAAUUGGUGAUAGAAAAUUGAGUGGUACCGGACAAGUUCUUAUGACAUAUGGAAGUACAUAUCAUUGGACACGUAGUUUGAUCUUAUCACCAAAUGGUGAUCGUCUUUUUGUAACUGUUGGUUCUGGUAGUAAUGUGGAUAUUGAAUAUCCAUCACGAGCAUCAGUACAAAUAGUUGACUUAGAUGGAAGAAAUAAUCAAACAUUUGCUUGGGGUUUACGUAAUCCAGUUGGUAUUGAUUUUCAUCCAAAAACUGGUGAUCUUUAUGUAUCUGUACAAGAACGAGAUGAACUUGGUGAUGAUCUUGUACCAGACUAUUUUACUAGAAUUCAAAACGAUGAAUUUUAUGGAUGGCCAUUUGCUUAUCUUUCACCGAAAAAUAUUGAUCCACGACGUUGUUUUCCCAAUGGUUCUAGUGAACGUCCAGAUUUAGUUGAACGUACACGUACACCUGAUGUUCUUUUUCAAGCACAUUCAGCUACAUUAGGUAUGCACUUCUAUCGUGGUAAUCAAUUUCCAAGUUAUUAUCAAAAUGGUGCAUUUGUUGCUUUUCAUGGUUCAUGGAAUCGUGAUUCUGGUACGGGUUAUAAACUUGCGUUUGUUCCGUUUAAUGAUGAUAAUCGUCCUCGAGGAUAUUAUGAAGAAUUUCUUAAAGGAUUUCUUAUUGAUCCAAAAGGUCCAACAACAUUUGGUCGACCUGUUGGAAUAUUAGAAAUGAAAGAUGGAAGUUUAUUAUUUAGUGAAGAUGGAAAUGGACGUUUAUAUCGAAUUGAAUAUGUUAAAAGUACUGUUGGUCGACAAUUUCGUAUAACAACAGUUGUGACGUCUGUUCUAACAGUACGAGAUGAUUGUCAACAAACACCACCUCUCGUAACUUUUUGUCAACGUAUGCCUCCUACUGAGAACACAUACGAUCAUCGACGUUGUCGUCCAUUAAAUCGAGAAUACACUCAUAAAAAAUAUCAACAACCUGUUCGUCGUCGACGUUCAUCACACAUCACUCGAUCUGUACAAAUACAACGGCAAAAGCAAAUGAAUAAUGAAGAUGAUGAUGAUGAAAAUGAUGAAUUUGCAAGAAUGCCAUCAGCAUCAUCUGAUCGUUAUUCAGGAGUUUCAUCAUCUUCUGGUUCUUCUACUUCAUCAACAAAUUGUUAUAAUAAUUCGAAUAGUUAUUCUUUAUCACAAACAUCUUCUUCUACAUUUUCACCAAUUCGUUCUGCAACAUCAUCACUUCACCUGUCGAAAUCAAUCAAUAAAGAUUAUCGAUCCAUGCAAUCAUUAAAAAUUCAAAAACAAUAUCGUGCAAAUAGAACGUAUCAUACACCUGUAGCACGUGUAUUACCAUUAAUUAAUAAUCAACAAUUAUCAUCAUUAGAACAACAUCAACAAAAAGAGUAUCAUACAAAAGAUCAAAGUUGGCUUAGUUGUGAAGAACUUGAAACAAUUGAAAAACGUUUUACUGAUCUUCUUCAUGAAAUAUCUAAUAAAAAAACACAUGAUUAUCAACAAUAUGAACAACGUGCAAAAAGUUGUGAUAGAUUAACACACGAUGAACAAAACUAUAAGCCGACAACAUUGUCUAAUUCUCGUAAAUCAUUAUUUGAUAAAACGAAAGAUGAUAAUCGACAUUUUCAUACUGAAACUUUUCCUCAUUCAACAAUUCUUUCUGAUAAUGAUAUUCUUAAAGUUGAAUUAUCUUAUCGAAGUAUUGGUACACAAGUAUAUGCAUGCCGUUGUUUAUGUGAUUUAUAUAUAACAACAGCUGAACGUUUAUCUAAACUUGAAGAUUGGAUUUUAUUUCAACAUGGUUUACCUGUAUGGUUACUUAAUUCUGGUACAAAUCCAAAACGUCAAUCAUGUUUAUCUCUUAUUAUUGCUGAAUAUGGUUCUGGUUUUCCUAUUUGGCAAGAUACUAUUGAUGGACGUAGUGAUGUUAAACAAGCACGUGAACAACAUAUAACAUUUCGUUUAUCAGAUAAAACAACACUUGCUGUACUCCGUUUCAGUAAUUUAACAGCAUCACAAGAAUUUUUCUCUUAUUAUAUAUCUAUAAGAAAUGAUCAUCGUUAUAAACAUCUUUUUUCAAAUGGACAUAAUCGAAGUUCAUCAUGUGGUUCGAUAUUAAGUAAUAAAAAAAAAUCUCAACGUCAUGUUAAUAAAUCAUCUAUAUCGAAUCCUUGUCAAUUUCAACAUAUAACACGUUUACAAGUUAAAGAUUAUGUUUAUUUAACAUCACUUAAUCAAUGUUUAAUGCCUGCCGAUACUUAUUCAAAUCAACUAUUAUGA